AGAGUCCGGGCCGGGUUUUGCGCCGGUCCCCGGUCUUGUCUCACGGCCUCCUGCCGCCGCCGCCGCUGCCUUGUUUACUGAGCUCGCGCGUCCUGAUAUCACUCCGCUGGCAUGGAGGAGGAGGAGGAGGUGGAGGAGCGCGAGGAGGAGGAGGAGGCGGCGGAGGAGGCGGCGGCGGCGGCGGCGAGCAGUUGAUCAUUGUGAUGGUGGCAGGAGCAGAGGCGGCAGCGGCAGCCCAGCCGAGCGUUAGGGGCUGCUCUCCGCGCGGCGUUUUGCAAAGGACUUCACCGAUCUACUUUUGCAGUCGCCUCGGACUGUCCAUGUGUUUACUUCCCCCAGCCCGAGGAUUCGGUAUCUAGGUUCCUGUGAAAUGCAACUGAGCAGCCAAAGUACUUUGAGAACACGGGGCGGCAUAAACACCAAAACUUUUUUGUGGAAGGAAAAUGCAAUAAGCAAGCUUGCCGUUUUCCGAUGCGGUGUGGAGUGAGUGUGUGUCGCGCGUCUCCGCACUGGAGGCAUAUGCUUGUGUGUGUACAUGGGGUGUGAUUUUCGGGACGUAGGGAGAAAAUGCUUGCCAGCCACCGGAAAUCUCCUGGAAUUUAUUAGAAAAUAAUGGAUUAUAAAAAGAAGGCAGGCGAAGAGCGGAUCUUCCCUUGAGUUGCAACCUGAUUUGCUGCUGGCUCAGUUUGUGAUUCUUUUUGUUGAUAGGUGUCUGAUGGUAUUCCGAUAACACCCUUCGCUUUUUUUUUUUAACCCCCCUCGAGCUUUACAGUUAAAAAAAAAAAAAAAGGAAACAAAAAACCCACCCCAAAAUCUCUCCCCCUUUUUUUCGCCCCGCCGGGAUCGCUGUUUCCAUCCAUGUGCUUGCGUCUCCCCCGCGUUCCACUAAAACUAUUUUAAUCCUUGGACCCAAGGAGGAGGCUGAUAGGGGGGGUGGAUAAAAAAAGUUCUUCCAAAAUAGUGUGCCCGGGGAGCAGGAUGGGGGAUUUCGCAGCCCCCGCUGCUGCCGCGAAUGGCAGUAGUAUUUGCAUCAACAGUAGCCUGAACAGCAGCCUCGGCGGGGCCGGGAUCGGUGUGAAUAAUACUCCCAAUAGUACUCCCGCUGCUCCGAGUAGCAAUCACCCCGCUGCGGGCGGCGGCUCCGGGGGCCCCGGCGGCAGCUCGGCGGCCGUCCCCAAGCACAGCACUGUGGUCGAGCGACUCCGCCAGCGCAUCGAGGGUUGCCGGCGACACCACGUCAACUGCGAGAACAGGUACCAGCAGGCUCAAGUGGAGCAGCUAGAGCUGGAGCGCCGGGACACCGUGAGCCUCUAUCAGCGGACCCUGGAGCAGAGGGCCAAAAAAUCGGGCGCCGGCACUGGCAAGCAGCAGCACACGAGCAAACCCCAGCACGAUGCGGAGGCUGCCUCGGCGGAGCAGAGGAACCACACGCUGAUCAUGCUACAAGAGACUGUGAAAAGGAAGUUGGAAGGAGCACGAUCCCCUCUUAAUGGAGACCAGCAGAAUGGUGCUUGUGAUGGGAGUUUUUCUCCCACUAGCAAGCGAAUUCGAAAGGACAUGCCUGCUGGGAUGGAAGCCAUCAACAAUUUGCCCAACAACCUGCCACUGCCUUCUGCUUCUCCUCUUCACCAACUUGACCUGAAGCCUUCUCUGCCCUUGCAGAAUAGUGGAACUCAUGCCCCUGGGCUUCUAGAAGAUCUAAGCAAGAACGGUAGGCUCCCUGAGGUUAAGCUUCCUGUUAACGGCUGCAGCAACCUCGAGGAUAGCUUCACCAUCCUGCAGAGCAAGGACCUCAAACAGGAACCUCUCGAUGAUCCUACCUGCAUAGACACAUCAGAAACAUCUCUUUCCAAUCAGAACAAAUUGUUCUCUGACAUUAACCUGAAUGACCAAGAGUGGCAAGAAUUAAUAGACGAGCUGGCCAACACGGUUCCUGAAGACGACAUACAGGACCUGUUCAAUGAAGACUUCGAAGAGAAGAAGGAGCCGGAAUUCUCGCAGCCAGCCACAGAGACUCCUCUCUCCCAGGAGAGUGCGGGCGUGAAGAGCGACCCGUCUCACUCGCCUUUUGCACACGUCUCCAUGGGCUCGCCCCAGGCCAGGCCUUCGUCUUCUGGUCCUCCCUUUUCUACUGUGUCCACGGCCACGAGCUUACCUUCCGUGGCCAGCACUCCUGCAGCUCCCAACCCCGCCAGCUCACCCGCGAACUGUGCUGUCCAGUCCCCUCAAACUCCAAACCAAGCCCACACGCCGGCCCAAGCUCCGCCUCGGCCUGGCAAUGGUUAUCUCCUUAAUCCAGCAGCGGUGACAGUGGCCAGCUCAGUCCCUGUGGCUGUGCCCAGCUCUGACAUGUCUCCAGCAGAACAGCUCAAACAGAUGGCCGCCCAGCAGCAACAGCGAGCCAAACUCAUGCAGAAGCAGCAGCAGCAACAGCAGCAACAGCAGCAGCAGCAGCAGCAGCAGCAGCAACAGCAGCAGCAUUCAAACCAGACUUCAAGUUGGUCUCCCUUAGGGCCUCCAUCGAGUCCAUACGGAGCAGCUUUCACUGCAGAAAAACCAAAUAGCCCAAUGAUGUACCCUCAAGCCUUUAACAACCAAAACCCUAUAGUGCCUCCAAUGGCAAACAACCUGCAGAAGACACCAAUGAGUAACUACCUCCCCCAGAAUCAUAUGAAUAUGAUCAAUCAGCAGCCAAAUAACUUGGGUACAAACUCCUUAAACAAACAGCACAAUAUUCUCACGUAUGGCAACACUAAACCUCUGACCCAUUUUAAUGCAGACUUGAGUCAGAGGAUCACACCCCCGAUGGCCAACCCCAGCAAAAACCCCCUGAUGCCGUAUAUCCAGCCGCAGCAGCAGCAGCAACAGCAGCAGCCACCCGCCCAGCAGCAACCGCCGCCUCCACCGCAGCUCCAGGCCCCGAGAGCGCACCUGAGUGAGGACCAGAAACGCAUGCUUCUCAUGAAGCAGAAGGGAGUGAUGAAUCAGCCCAUGGCCUACACAGCGCUCGCAUCCCACGGUCAGGAGCAGCACCCCGUUGGGCUUCCCCGGACCGCAGGCCCCAUGCAGCCCUCUGUGCCCCCAGGCUCAAGCAGCCUGGUCUCCGGAGCCAGCCCCUCGGGCCCCGGCUUCCUGAGCAGCCAGCCGCAGGCGGCCAUCAUGAAGCAGAUGCUGAUUGAUCAGCGGGCCCAGCUGAUGGAGCAGCAGAAGCAGCAGUUCCUUCGGGAGCAGCAGCAGCGGCAGCAGCAGCAGAUCCUGGCCGAGCAGCAGCUGCAGCAGUCUCAUCUUCCCCGGCAGCACCUCCAGCAGCAGCGGAAUCCGUACCCUGUGCAGCAGGUCAAUCAGUUUCAAGGCUCCCCCCAGGACAUCGCAGCCGUGAGAAGCCAGGCAGCCCUCCAGAGCAUGCGGACAUCACGGCUGAUGGCACAGAACGCAGGCAUGAUGGGAAUGGGACCCUCCCAGAACCCAGGGACCAUGACCACAGCUGCGGCCCAGUCUGAGAUGGGCCUGGCCCCUUACAGCAGCACGCCCACCAGCCAGCCAGGAAUGUACAACAUGAGCACAGGGAUGACCCAAAUGUUGCAGCACCCAAACCAAAGUGGUAUGAGCAUCACACAUGGCCAAGCCCAGGGCCCGAGGCAGCCUGCCUCAGGCCAAGGCGUUGGGAUGGUGAGUGGCUUUGGUCAGAGUAUGCUGGUGAACCCCACGCUUACCCAGCAGCACCAGCAGAUGAAAGGACCAGUGGGCCAGGCCCUGCCUAGGCCCCAGGCCCCACCCAGGCUUCAGAGCAUCAUAGGGACCAUCCAGCAAGGAGCACAAGGCUGGCAACAGAGGAGCUUGCAGGGGAUGCCUGGGAGGACUAGUGGAGACUUGGGACCUUUCAACAAUGGCACCAGCUACCCACUCCAAGCUGGCCAGCCCAGACUGACCAAGCAGCACUUCCCACAGGGACUAAGCCAGUCAGUGGUGGAUGCUAACACUGGCACAGUGAGAACCCUCAACCCUGCUGCCAUGGGUCGGCAGAUGAUGCCACCCCUCCCAGGGCAGCAAGGCACCAGCCAGGCGAGGCCAAUGGUCAUGUCAGGCCUGAGCCAGGGCGUCCCUGGCAUGCCAGCCUUCAGCCAGUCCCCGGCACAGCAGCAGAUGCCCAGCGGCAGCUUUGCCCCAAGCAGCCAGGGCCAACCCUAUGAGCGGAACCCCCCUCAGGACCUGUCGUACAGUUACAGUGGUGAGAGUGCCGGGGCUUCCUUCCCAGGGCUCACAGACAGUGGGGACCUCGUGGACUCCAUCAUCAAAGGCGGGCCGGGGGACGAGUGGAUGCAGGAGCUUGAUGAAUUGUUUGGUAACCCCUAGUCCUAAGGGGUCCCGAGAGCCACAACUAGAGUGGUGAAAGUUUAACUCGUGAAAAAGAAACAGGAUGUUGACCCAUCCUUGUUUUUUGUUUUUUGACCCACGUAAACUGAGCAAAACUGCAGCUGGCUGGCAGUGGAAGAUCCAGGUGUCAAUCAGCCUUUCGGAGCCUCUGUGCACCUGAUUUUCACACAGCAAUCAAGAUGAGACAUCCUGCAGGUCCCUGCUCCUAGAGAGGGCCCCCCGGGGGUCAGGUAGGGAAGAUGCCAGCAGCUGAAGCCCCUCUGCUCAGCAGCCCUUGUGAUCGCCUGGCCCAGCAAGAGCUGCUCCAGCCCACAGGGACUGCCGGCCCUCCUGGCCCAGGCCCAGGGACUGUAGACUUGGAGACAGGAGACAUAGAGCCUCAGUCAAGGAGACCCUCCUAGAGGCUGCCGGACCGUGGCACAGGCCAUGGGCACAGGUCAGAAAGGUGCUGAAUCUGGGUAAAAAGAGCUGUCUGCUUCCAGACUUGCUUGGUACUGGAGGAACAGCAAGCCGCUCCCAGAGAGACAACCAAGGAUCCAGCAGGCUGGUCUCCCCGCCCGUGAUGCCCCUCAGGCGUUGUGAGGCCACCCACAAGGAGAGCCAGCUGAGCUUGAGAAGGCCCAGCGCUGGAACAGCCCUCCACUGGAGGCUGUGGUAGCUGUCCUUGCUGUUUGGACUGGAGCCGCAGGGUUCCCAGGACAACGUGCUACAUCCAGGUGGUUUUCUGCUUCUGACAGUGACGAGGUGGAGAGACCUCUGCUGCAUUCUGAGUCCGCCACCGGGCACCUCCCUCCCCCAUCCCACCUGCCCUUGCCUCUCCUUCCAGACUCGCCAAGAAGUGAGGCUUUGGGCAGAGUGAACACCAGUGCAAGAACUGAGACAGUGCCUGACAUGCAGAGGCGAUGCUGGCGCGUGCUUCCUCCGACACGUAUAGAGUUGAACGAGUGUCUCUGCUUGGAACUGAGCAGGCUGUGCUGGUGUUACGUCUCCCCUUUGAGGAAGGGCCUGGAGGGCGGUAGGUUGGGCUCCCUUUGGGAAAACCCCAGGGGCGAUUGCUCUAAAAUUGGCCUUGUUCAUCGUCUCUGUCGUCAGAAAGACAAAUAUAAAACCCCAAAGAUGGAUGAACAGAAAAAUCAACAGCUCUGCCAUACCAAUUUGGGUGACAACAGGGGGGGAAGACUUGCUUUCUUUCCUAAGGGCAAAGUAAUCCACUUCAAAAGUUCUGUACAGUUGUUCUCUUUGUAAAUCACUCACAUCUGCCCUAAGUGAAAUCUGUCUCGAGGAGCCAGCAGCUGCCACUGUCACAGGCUUGUCUCCUGGUGUCUGCCUUCCCUCCCACGGUCCUAUUUUGGAGGCUGUGUGACACAACUACUGUCCUGAGUGUGAGUGGCAAAUGUUUUCCUCCUUCCCUGUCCCUCCGGGUUUCACAUGCUGGCUCUGUCUGUGCAGCAACACACAGCUCACCGAAGACCAGAGCUUGGAGGGCUGGACUGGCUGCACUCCGGGCAAGUCAGGCCCCGUGGGAAGCGGAAGGCUGUGAAGAGGAGACAGGCAAGUGCUGCCUUUGACCUGCUCUCCGUGAGCCCUGGGUUCUAGACCUGCCUACCGAGGGCAAAGUGAGGCCAGAAACACUGGGCUGAUGGGCCAAGUGCCCCCUCCGAAGAGUGGUGGCAAGGUGACUUUUUGAACUCUUAUCAGUGGGGAGAGAUGCCACCAGGAAAACAGAUGAAAACCAAAAAGUAAAGCUGAAAACACAAAAUACAGAAUUAUUACCUUUUCCUGCAAGGUCCAGGAAAUAAAUGUAUAAGCAAUGAUGAGAAGCUGGAGGUGGGUGAAGGAGAGAGGGGUUUCCAUUAUCUUUUCAAAGCUGCCUCCAAGUGCUUAGUACUGGGACCAACUCAUAGAGAGGUAGAUUUUCAUAAGGUUGUUUUGUUUUUACUACGGUGCUGAUGUAUAUGUAAUGUCUAAAAGAAGUUAUUUGUACAUAAGUUUUUACAAUACUGCAGAUAUCACUGGGUCUACUAUCUGUAAAAAAUAUACAUAUAAAUAUAUAUAUACUGUUUGUUUAAAAUAGAGUAUUUUUAUUUCAUUCCUUAACUCAUCAUCACAGCAGUGGUAUUGCACUUCAGACAACAUCUAAUUACUAAUUUGUACUGUAUGACCUACAGCAACUUGCUCCAUUUUAUUCAGAUUUUUCUAGUUUUCUGUUUUGACUUUGUACAUUGAGCACUGCUUAUUUCCUUUUAAGAAAUGUACAGAAUUCUGAAAUGUAGAAAUGAAGUGAUGUUGACAUACCACUUUUAAAGAAAAAAAAUAAAAGAUCAUUAUCUGAAUCAA